GUAGCUGGUUCAGUACUUCUUAACACACAGCACCCCCAAUUCGGCAUCAAUCUUCCUCAGCUUCCCUUCACCAUUACCAAUUUCGAAGUAGAGAAAUUCUCUCUCUAUCUCAUCAGUUAAUUUUGACGAAAACAAAAACAAUUUUGUAAAAAUGGCAGGAAGACUGAGCCACGUGGCAUCCCGGAUCAUGGGCGGUAACGGCGUUGUUCAACGCUCCGUCGCCACCUCUCUCCGGCAGCGAUCCGGCAUGGGUCUCCCCGUCGGCAAACAUCUCGUACCAGACAAGCCCCUUCCAGUGAACGAUGAACUUGUGUGGGAUAACGGAACUCCAUUUCCAGAACCUUGCAUCGAUCGAAUUGCCGAUACUGUUGGAAAGUAUGAAGCAUUGGCUUGGCUGUGCGGUGGGUUGAGUUGUUUCGCGGGCCUCGGGUUAUUAGCUGUGUGGAAUGACAAGGCUUCCACAAUUCCAUUUGCACCGAAGGUGUACCCCUACGACAACUUGAGAGUUGAGCUCGGUGGAGAACCCUAAAGUUGCUUGCUGCAAAUAGAUGUUCGCCUCUCUCGUAUUCUGUUCGAUUAUCUCAAAUUGUGUAACAAUGGAAGGUUCAUAUGAUGUUUUUCCGAACCAGGUAGCUUUGAAUAAGUAAAACCUCGCCCAUAAUAAUUCCUGGUUUUGUGUUGUACUUUGUUUUUUUCCUUACAUAAUUGCAAGGAGCAUAUAGAUUUCUGUUUUAUGUUGUCCUUGAUAUUUUCCAAAUCUACAAGCUUUUAGUAUUUUUUAAAUAGACAAUUUUUUUUUUUU